UUGAUUGGUCAAACCGAUUAUCAGUUUGAGCUCCUCACGUCACAUGUUGACUGCAACAUGGCUGCCACCAUAGAGUGUGGAGCUGGUUCAGAAAACAACAUGUCCUUACAGAAAGCUGUGUGUGCAGCGUCUCCCCUCUCUCUGAGAAUAGUUGCUGAAUGUCCAGUAACUAAAGCAAGAGUUUGUGACUUAAUACUGCCACACUGUGCGGUCAGUACCCCUGUUUUCAUGCCUGUCGGUACCCAGGGGACUCUGAAGGGAAUCACUGUGGAUCAGCUGGAGGGUCUGGGAUGUCAGAUUUGUCUUGGAAACACUUACCAUCUAGGAAUGAGACCGGGACCCGAGUUAAUCGAAAAAGCUAAUGGCUUGCAUGGGUUUAUGAACUGGAAGAGGAAUCUUUUAACUGACAGCGGGGGGUUUCAGAUGGUGUCCCUUGUUGAACUCUCAGAAGUCACUGAGGAAGGGGUCAAGUUUAAGUCCCCCUACGAUGGCAAAGAGAUCCUCCUAAGUCCUGAGAAAUCCAUCAGCAUACAGAACAGUCUAGGGUCUGACAUCAUGAUGCAGCUGGAUGAUGUGGUCAGUAGUACUGUGACAGGACCUCGGGUGGAGGAAGCUAUGCACAGAUCAAUUCGCUGGCUUGACCGCUGCAUAGCAGCCAAUAAAAAUCCAGACAAACAGAAUCUGUUUGCCAUCAUCCAAGGAGGACUAAAUGCAGAGCUGCGCAAAGCCUGUCUAGAUGAGAUGACUAAACGCGAUGUUCCUGGUUUUGCGAUCGGCGGCCUGAGUGGAGGAGAGGAGAAAGAUGACUUCUGGCGGAUGGUCACACUAAGCACUGACCACCUACCUCGGGAAAAGCCCCGCUACCUCAUGGGUGUGGGGUAUGCCGUGGACUUGGUGGUGUGUGUAGCUCUGGGAUGUGAUAUGUUUGACUGCGUAUUUCCUACCCGCACUGCAAGGUUUGGCUCUGCCUUGGUGCCUUGGGGAUCCCUCCAGGUAAAACAAAAGCAGUAUGCAAAGGACUUGGGGCCAAUAGACCCAGACUGCCAGUGUCCCACCUGCAAGAGACACAGUCGGGCUUACCUUCAUGCUCUUUUUAAGAGUGACACUGCAGCCAUGCAUCACAUCACCAUCCACAACAUCGCCUACCAGCUCAACCUGAUGCGCUCUGUGAGACAGAGCAUUGUGGAGGGUGGUUUCCCUGACUUUAUACGGGCUUUCAUGAAGCGGAUGUUUCCCUCUCGGGACCAGUACCCCGGCUGGGCUGUGGAUGCUCUCGCCUCCGUCAACAUUACUUUGGAAUAGAGCCAGGAAGGCAAAUGUCUGCUCUAAAUGGAGAUCAUGUCACAGACUGGAAGAUUUUAAAUAUUUAAAAAAAACUUCUUUUUUUUUUAAUGUAUGAUCAUUUUCUACUAUUUGUUUACAUUUGUAAAUGCGUUUUACACUUUUUUUUUGCUAAAAGGAGAAUGUCUGUUGAACUAUGGAGCCGGAUUGUCUUUUGCAUCAAGCCUGCUCUUCUUACCCUGUGCAGAUUGUCCUCCGAGAACACAUUAUGAUAAUGUGAGACUGAAUGGGGUUCAAAUGAGGUUUGAAUCACAUGAACUGUCUCCUCUGAUAUGCUCAGACAAUUUUUUGUUGUUACCAUGGCUACCCAGCUUGGCCCACCCACUUGAAAUGAAAUGUUUUGCCUUCCUGACAACCUCUUUGUAACAUGUUGUGCCUUAGGGCGUCAUAGAAUUAUUUUUCCCCCCCAAAGGCACAAGAUUAAUAAAUGUAUUUGUAUGCUGGCGUUUUAACCUA